GUUACUUGGUUCGAACAAGUUUUGAUGUGAUGGUAAUCCAGGUAUCACGCGUAUCCGUGGCACCAACUACAAAUCACCCCAUGGGAUACCAUUGGACCUUCUGGACAGAAUGAUCAUCGUGCCCACUUCGCCGUACAGCCACAGUGAGCUUCGCGAGAUACUUAAUAUAAGGUGCGAAGAAGAGGACUGUCAAAUGUCAGCGGACGCUUUGACAGUUUUGACAAGAGUAGCUACAGAAACAUCUCUACGAUAUGCCAUACAACUAAUCACCACGGCUUCGCUUGUCUCCAAACGCAGAAAGGCCACUGAGGUAAGCAUGGAGGACGUGAAGAAGGUGUACUCAUUGUUCCUAGACGAGCAUCGUUCCGAGCAGUUCCUAAAGGAAUACCAGGAUGAAUUCAUGUUCAAUGACGGCGGAGGAGAUGCUCCGCAUCCACAACACAUGGAGGUUUCACAAUAAAACAAGAGUCUCGAAUAUUUUUGUCUGAAUUUCUUGAAGAAUUACGUUUGUGAAGAAGAAGUAUUCCUAAGUUAUUUUUAAGUUUAGUCAAUAAAGAUAUU